AUGGUGCUUCCUUGCGAGGAAAGAUCCAGUGGUGGGGAGCUGUACUUUCUUUGUUCGACCCACAGUAACCUUCGAAUCAGAGCCAAUGUGUUUGGCUACGUGAACACAAGUCGAAAGUACAAGGGGUGGGAGGUUUGGCGGUUCGUCGAAUCGAACCGAGGGGAUGGAACUUUCUUUAUCUCUCCUUGGGAACAUUCGCAAUUCUAUCUCUCCUCCUUUCCAGGGGGAAGGGUGAAUACAACCAGGAAUCAGCACAGUUGGGAACUAUGGAAGCUGGAGAAGGAGAGCAAUGGGACGACUGACAACACAGUUACGAUCCGUUCUUUGGCACACAACCGUUUUUUGCAACUUGAUGAAGAUGGAUACUUGUCAACGAUCGAGUCAUAUUGCUUAUCGAACAAGUGCUGGUGGAAUCUCGAAAGUGCCAAUUUGGGAAAGUAUUAUCUCCAUUGCAUGGGUCGAAACAAACAGCUUCGAUGCUCCAAGAAUACCGAUAAACCACCCUACUCGACGGAUACUUUUGAGGUUGGAGCCGUAUGGUAUAUGCAGAAAGCACCUGAAGGCGACUCUUUUACCAUUCGUUCGGAUGUCAAUAAAGGGUACCUUCAGUUAGCUCCUAACUGCACUCAAGUGACUUUGUCAACGGAAUCGUCAUUGCCCACACAACAAUGGUAUUUGAGACAUCACCCCAAUAAUGGAUCCGUGGUGAUAACCUCUGUUUCUGGAGGAAUGCUAGCUUGCUCGGUGGAAGGUCUCAUUAGCAUUUUGCAAGACGACGAGGACGGUUCUGCCAAUGCACAAGAAUCCAGCGCCACAAACUGGCAACUAGUGCCAAAAAUGCCAGAUACGACCAGCGGCAAGCAAGUUGCAGCUUGUGCUGGAAUUAGUGUUGGAAGUCUUGUUCUCGGUAUAGCAACUCCUUAUCUGGUGUUGGGUCUUGUACAUUCUUUGGGAUUCACGGCACAUGGAAUUCCAGCUGGAAGCUUUGCCGCAAAGGAAAUGUCACGAGUGGCAAAGUCGUAUGGUGGAUCCAUACCGCCUGGUUGCUGGUUUGCUACCCUGCAAUCCAUUGGAGUGCUGGGAUUGGGAUCGACUCGGUUUACCUUGGCGUUUGUUGUUGGAUGUGUUUUUGGGGCUGUUAUCUUUCGACUGAUUCUCGUUUUCAUUGGCCUGCUGGAGCAGCAGAAUAAUCCUUGUACAUCUGGCAUUGUGGCUUCUGAAAGCAUGGGUGGAAUCCUCUCCAAUUUAGAUUCUUCAGUGGGACGGGGGGCACCUAGAUCGACAUUUGCUAGAAAUGAACAAGAUUUGAACGAUGAGAACCAGCUUUCCUUCCCCGCGAUGAAUCAGGAUGCAACCGAGGUGCAUCCUGCUGUUCCCGAGGUAGAGGUGCAUAGAAACAAUUCGACCAUGGACACAUCAUCAAUGGCCAGUAGCAGGUUUAACGAUUUUUCCAGCAUAUCCACAUCAAGGAGUGUUGCAGACAACCGAUCUGCUAGACUUGUGAAUGGAUAUCAUCCUCAGUGA